AUGAUUGUUCCGGAUAAAAUGGAAGGGAUCACGGUGAAUGCUUAUAAGAGCGUUAAGGGUUAUUGGAAACGGAAAGGAUACAAGAAAUUAGAUGGCAAACGGUUCGGGAGACGGAAGAUGCCGGUUAUCGAACUCGGCGGCGGAGGCCCCAACCCGGGUGCCGGAAACCCGCCUAAGCAGCGAAGGAGGUUCUGGAGGAUGAAGAAGCUCAAGCUCCGGCUGAGGUUUUCACCCAAGAAGCUUUUAAUUGGGUUGAGGGACGCCUAUGUGAAUUUCAUGAACCGACUGGCUGGCUCCCGGUAUAUUAACAGCUCCGGGAUUGCUACCGGUUAUUAUGUCGGCGGUGGUGGUGGGGGACCGGGAUUCGGUGUCCGGCCCCUGAAAGAGUACGACGAGAGGAUGAUCAUUCAGAUCUACAAGUCUCUGCUGGUGGCUCAGUCGCAGUUCGUGAAUCCGGCUGCCGCCGCCGCCGUCGCAGGUGGUGGCCCGGCGGCCAGAAUUGGUCCUCCUCCGCCCCUCGCAACCAUUGCAGAAUGUUAG